UCACAGUAAUUUUCUAGAGUACUGAAAAAUGUGUUCAGUUAUGCUUUUGUAAAAUAUAUAGGGUCAGGUGUUAUCUGCUGGCAUUGCACAGUGUUUUAAAUAUUCUUUCUGUAGUAAAAUAGUUCCCUUUUUUGUUUGAAAGGAAGCUGAAUUUCUUUGCUAACUUAAGUCUGCUCUUACAAUGUAGAGAUCAUAUUGGUCAGACACAGGCAACUAUGGAGUAGUUAAUAAAAUUCAUAGGGUGGAUUUCCCAAAUCUAAGUGUACAUUUAAAGCAUGGAGACCAACUUGACUUCAGUUAGCCUCCUGAAAUGACAUGUUUGGAGAGGAUCUGAUGUGUAUUUGUCUCCUGGCACACUGACUCAUUUUUCUCUUCAGUUGUAAAUAGUUGUGGCUUUUCUUGGUUCUGUUUCCAAUGAUGCCCAUGGCUAUAUGUGACAGCUGCUUUCUUUUUAUGGAUAUGUAAUUCCUGGAGCUGGGAAAGGUGCAGUGCAUAGGAACAAAAUCACUGGAAUGUUAAUGAAAGUUCCUAAGAGGAGAAAUACCCAAGCUACAGUAAAGUCUUUGCUAACAUGUUAAGCAGCAGUGUUCACAGGGGAGCUCUUAAAAAGUUGUUUUUAGUUUGAUAGCAAUGGGAAAUGCCAGCUUUUCUCUAGUUAUUAUGAUGUAGUGCCUGAUAGAAACUCAUCACUGUGUUUGUGACAGCAUGCUCAUUGAGAGAAAGGAAGAGCAUGAAAGUCAGAACAGCACAGUGAGCUGCUUCCUUAACCAGAACAAGGGUUUUGAUGGCAAAUUAACAUCAUCAUGCCUUUGUUGUUCUGUCUCUUUUGUGAAACAACUGCUUGAGCAACAGAUUUACCCAUGAUUUUUAUUAGAUAUUUCAAAGUUAUGGUCAAAUACCUACAGAAAUAAAGUGAAAACCAAGAUGAACCUUGUUUUGUUCUGCAUUGCAUGAUUUUGGUGAUUAUGAUGGGGAAUUAAGUCUUGAUCUCCCUCUCUCCAGCAAAGAAUUAGUUUAGUCCUUUGCUGUAAUGAUUCUCUUGGUCAUCAUGAGUCCUCUGUGAUGGGUCAUACUUUGAGGAUGUUUGUUUUUAACCUGGCAGAGCAAGAAUGAGACCUGUUGUCACUAGAUGAGCACUUUGUUCCCUUUUGUUUCAGGCUGCGUCUCCUUCCCCUCUGCUGAGAGAUUUUCUCUCCUUUUACCUUGAUAUCCUCACACACACCCUUGACACCUCUCAUCUGUGCUGACAAACGUUUUAUUUUAGAUAAUUUAUAUUUUGAAAGCCUGUUGUUUCUUCCUUUCGCUUCCUCUAAAAUUUGAUUCUUGUGAAGUCUUACACAAAGCAAACAUCCUGUGCUGCUUUAUAGGCUAGCAGUGUUUAGUGUGUAUUUUGAAACUUGGUCAUGUAGCUCCCUCAGGGGUUAUUUAAAUAGGAAAAACUGCCUAUUAUUGCUGAAUCACCAACCAUUUCUUGCAAAAAUCAGUUUGUGUGAACUACAUAAUCCUGUCCUGGAUUCAAUAACUCUAUAGACAAGCUUAGGCCAAGACAAACCUCUCUGUGACUGUCUUUACAGGAGUUGUAGUAAACUUUCAGAUGUCACAAUCUCUUCGGAGAUGGCUGGAAACAAAGCAGUCAUUGAGUUUAAAGAAAAAUAGUAGGGUUGAAAUAUAGGAACAAUCAGCUUGUAAUAAACUAGGGAGAAUAAGGUGGGCAUCUAGAAGAGAACAUGACAGUGCAGUCAGAUGGAGCAGUUAAUGAGUUUCUGAGGUUGAUAUCUGUUGCUCUAAAGCAAAGCAUCACUGCCUGGGUAAGAAUAAAUGUUGUUUCUUAGUGUCUCUCAGGCUUGGCCAGACACUGCUGUAGCUGGCAGUUGUCUCUGGUUUGGGGGGUUAGGAGAGCUCUGUGUGCUGCCCUGGAAAAAUAGGAUGUUCCAGGACAGGGAGGGAGCACUGCCCUGCCAGCAGCAUCAGUGAAACUUUGCAAACAAAGGAGGCUGUAGGAACCCCCAUCCUCGGAGAGCUCCUGCUGGCAGUGGUGUAGGCUGUGGAGAUGCCCUUCCCUGGGAGAGGAGGCUGUCAGACUCUCAUUUCCGGAGCAGAAGUCACCUGAGAGUUCCCCACACCAGAUGGGAAUGGUAGAGCAGGGUGAGCUGUGCUGUGCAGUUCUCCCUGGGAAAAGGAUGUUACAGCCACUGGGCAGAUUUCCUUACCAGUAACACUUACCAAAGCUGAGUAUUUCCAGCCUUAUUUUUCACUAAUGCUUGCAUACAAACCAGAGGGAUGUAGUUUAUUAUCCUAAGGGUGGUAAUUCAAAAAACCAGAGACCUUUACUUGACUCUAAGGACUUUUCCAUAUAAUGACUUUUUCUUGCAGUUCAUUACCCCCAUUGGACACUGGCUUGCCUUUUAGUCCUCUUGUUUUCUGAGCUUGUUCUCAAAAGUGCUAAUGGAUAAUGGGAAUGAGAUAUUUCUUUCUUACAGUGCAUCUGUUAACAAAUCAGAUUGAAACCUGACACCUUGAAUUACACUGCUUAAAUGUUCAUUAGCAUGGAACUCUGCUAGCUUGCAUAAAAAUAAAGAUGCUAGAGAAAUCGUGGGUUUGAGGUUAACAAAUAUUUAAGCUCUGAAAAUCCACUGUUCUUUGAACUCCGUGCCAGAUACCUUAUUGCCUGUGAACGCAUCCCUGAGGCAAUGGCUCUUAUCAAAUCUUGCAUAAAUCAUCCAGAUAUCAGUAAAGAUCUGUAUUUCCAUCAAGCUCUUUUCACCUGUCUUUAUAUGUCACCAUUAGAAGAUCAGCUAUUCCAGGAGCACUUGUUGAGGACUGAUUGCAAGAGUGGAAUUGAGAUCAUCUGCAACACUGAAAAAGAAGGGAAGACUACCUUAGCCUUACAGCUUUGUGAAUCCUUCCUAGUCCCACAGCUCCAAAAUGGGGACAUGUAUUGUAUAUGGGACCUGAUCUUCAUUUGGAGUAAACUGCAGCUCAAAUCUAACCCAUCCAAACAAGUAUUUGUGGACCAGUGCUACCAGCUUCUAAGAAUUGCUACAAAUGUCAGAGUAAUUUUCCCUUUCAUGAAAGUCAUUAAGGAUGAAGUUGGUGAAGAUGGCCUUCAGAUCUGUGUUGAGAUAUGUGGAUGUGCCCUACAGCUGGACCUCCGUGAAGAUCCCAACAUGAAAAGUCUUAUUUAUAAAGCAAUUGCUCAUUUUCUGCCAAAUGACUUGGAGAUCCUCAGAAUUUGUGCUCUCUCCAUCUUUUUCCUGGAGCGCACCUUGGAAUCUUACUACACUGUUGAGCACUUGUACAAAUGUGCAGAUGAAGAAUACAAUGAGUGCACUAGUUCUGUUCAGAACCGCGUGCGGUUUGAGCUGCUGCCCAUCCUGAAGAAAGGAUUGUUUUUUGAUCCCGAGUUCUGGAAUUUCUUGAUGAUCAAGCAGAAUUGUUUAGCCUUGUUGGGGGAUAAAGCCUUGGAUGGCUUGAGUGAAAGUACACUGGAAAACUCUCCUGCAAACACAGAGAAAACAGCAGAGUACAGGGCUCUGGGUGAGGAACACGGCUGUUUAACAAAUGUCAGCAAUGGGGAGCUUGACCCUGGAAACUGCUCUGGAACCCGCUCCAAAGGGAAUGCCAAAAAGAACCACCAAGCUCUUGAGGCAUCCAAAACGUUGGAUCAGACUGAACCAAGGCACCGCUGUGUGAUCUGCAACAAGGAGUUCCUUGGGGAUCACAUAGUGAAACACGCACAAGCUCACCAAAAAAAGGGCAGCUUCUCCUGUGUGCUUUGCACCAGGAAGUUCAGGCAGAAAGGACUCAUGCUGAAGCACUUAAGGAAUCAUGUCAGGAAGAUAGAAAGGCAACAUCUUGCUGCAGCUCUUGAGGCUGGUCAGGAGGCUCCUGUUCUUCAUGAAGUGCAAUGUUCAGGUGUUUCUGUGUCUCUUGAAAAUGGGAAUUCUGAGGGUUCCAAAGAUACUGAACCAGAGGCUAUAGUAGCUGCAGUAGCUCUGAGUUCUGAUCAGGUCCAAGAGGAGGCUGAGACUGCAGAACAGGUUUUUGAGGCAGUGGAAAACCAUCUAAGUGACCAGGAUGAUGCUACUGAAAACAGUAGUGACAGCUGUUUUAAUAAUGUUCCUGAUGCUUUAAGUACAGAGAGUUUGCCUGAGGAUGAUGAGAGCUCCAAUAAAGAGUCACCCAUUCUGCAUAAAGUGAAUGGAGUGUUUUGCCCUCAAAAAGAUAUUGAUUCUUUGGAUGAGGAAGGAAUCUUUAAGUGCCCUGCUAAUGGUUGUGCUAGAGUGUUUAAAAAAAUAAGAUUCCUCAACAAACACGCCAGAAAAACUCACCCAACUGAUCUGAAGGUGCAGCAGCAUAUAAUGAAAUGGAAUAAAGGAAAAUGCCGCUUCUGCCAGAGGAAGUUCGCUGAUUCCCAACAUUUUAUAGACCACCUGAAGAGACAUGUGUAUCCAAAUGUUUACUUUUGUUUACACUUUAAUUGUAAUCAGAGAUUUAAGCUGUCGACUGAGCUUGCAGAACAUACGAAAAGUCACAGUGUGUUUAAAGCUCAGUGCAAUUUCUCAAACUGCUGUGAGCUAUUUGAGGAGCUUCCUUUGCUGUAUGAACACGAGGCUCAGCAUUAUUUAAAUAAAACCCCAGAAUAUUCGGAAGAUGCAAGUGAAAAAGAUUCUUCAGAUGAUCCUUCAGAACUUUGUAGUUACCAAGAUGAUGAUGAAUCUGUUAAUGAAAAAGAAACUGUAGAUUUACCAAUUCCAACCUGGAAGUCAAGGAAGGAUUCUGCAGAACCAAAGACAUAUAUUCAAAGUGUGGAGAAGAAAGCAAAUAAUGUAAUUCACAAUGGAAAUGAAAGCUCAUCCGAGGGUAGUGCUCCAGUUUUAAGUUUGAUAGACCAAAAGACACCUGUGUUACAGCCAAAUCCUGAAAACUGUAAUGUUGUUAGUGACCAACUGGUCAAUGGGCACAGUGACUCAGAUCAGACAUCAUCUAAGGCAGCCCAGGUACCUUUGGACAGAGUAGCAGAUGAAACAAGGACAGAAAAUGGGUCAGUGUUACCAGUUUUACAGAAUUGUCACGAUGCACCACAAAAUAAUGCUCCUGCAGCCUCACAAGUACCUUCUAAACCAAAUCAGACAACAGAGACUACUUCAUAUGGUGUCAUCUUAACAAAACCCUACGUCAGACCAUUGCCUCCCAGUUACCUUGAUGAACGUUACAUUAGCAUGCCAAAACGGAGAAAAAUUUUGGCUGAUGAAGUAGAUGCUUACUCUGAACAAGACAAAAUUUGUAGCAAAUCAACAGAAAGAUUUAGAUGUGGCAACUGCUUGACCAUCUACUGUAAUUCAGAAGCACUCGAGGCUCACCUUGCACAAAAGAAGUGUCAGACGCUCUUUGGAUUCGAUUCAGAUGAUGAAAGUGCCUGAUUCAAUGUUGUGGAAAAGUAUCAGAUGAGAAGUGGUGUAAGGAAACACUACAUGAAGCAGCAUCAGUUUGUUUCCCAGUUGGCCUUAAUAAUGAAGCAGUCUCAAAUUCCUAUAGAAAAACAUGACCUUGAUAAGGAGAAAGCACAUUUUCUAGACAAAACUCACAAAGAAGUAAUAGGAGCUCUGCAGGUCUUGAGUCCAGAAAAGUUGCUACAAAACCCCCAAAGUACCAGUUAUCCAAAAAAGCCAUGUUCAUUCCAAAAAUAUGAUUGAAGCUUAAUGGCACAGCUUUUCUAUCAUGAAGGUUGCAGGACAAUGAGGCAUAGAGGUGAGCAGGCAGAGGAAGCAGAGGUGUUCAUUGCCUUGUGGAAAUCCAACCAGCCAGUUCUGAAAGCUGCUUUAGUUUGUGUGGUUAAUGGCUAUCUUUCCACACAGCUGAGAAGGAAUCAUUCAAGGAGGUGUUGCAUUCUUACCUUAUGGAUAAAUGCAUAAAGAAACCAUGCAUUAUUUUUUUUUUUCUCCAAGUCUGAGUGUGUAAGUCCAUUAUCUGCUCAAAAGCAUGGAGCUUGUUUCAUAAACUUCUACUCAGAAUCCAAAGAGGAAUGUGGAAGGAAAUCUUGAAGUAGAUGGGAUGCUGGAAUAGCCAAAAACUUGAAAUACAGAACAAGCAGGAAAAAGUGAGUUAAUGUGAUAUUUUAUGAGACUUGCACACAGUGGAAAUCAGAUGCGUGCAAGAGAAGCCUUUUGCAAGGCUGAGGUAAAAGUGACUCCUGUAAAACAUCUGCUGUAGGUGUGGGAAGACCAACACAAGUGAUAGAUUGCGUGGAUAUUAACAGCAGCUGAUGGAAGCAAAUCUGGAAUGCUGGGAGGGUCAAGCUUGCAGAGUUAAACUAAUAUUCUGCAAGCACAGAGGUCCCUCAGCUGUUGGUAGGAAAGACAAGAGCUUGAGAAGGCAAAACAGAAGCAGAGCACAUCAGGUUGGGGUGAACAGAAAGGUCAGGAAGAGCCUGUUUCACAUCUGUUAUGUUGCUUAAUGGUGGUGGGCCACAACUCAGUACUGUCACUAAUUAUUCAUUGUCUAGAAGGGAGAAAACAGGGAUCCUCUCAAUUCCGAAGACAUGUUACAAUCCUAUUUAGUAGCAUCCCUUGAAAGGAGAGCCUUUCCCAGAGGCUGGUGAAGGAGUUACUUAAAUGUUAAGCACUUUAUUUACAAUUCACUGUUCAUAGAAACAAUCACAAUGUGAAGACAGGAAAUAGGAGUUCUUCAAUUCUAUAUGGAAAACUGAAAUACAGAAGAAUUUUGAAACCAAAAAGAUGCUGUUGUAGAUUUUGGUCUUCCUACCCUAAGGCAGAGGUGUGGCAAACAUGCAUAUUGUCCAGUUACUAUGCUAAUUUAUCCUCUAAUUUAUCUCACACUGUCUUGCCAUGUAAUAUUUUUUUUAUUUGGGAUCCUGGUCUAUGAAAAUGGUAGUGGGAUUGCAGGCAGGGGAGGCAGAGGGGUGAGAACUGAUGUUCAGAGUCAUUUCAGAAAUGUAGGACAGCACAGAAACAACUGUUCCUGCUCAGCUGUCGCUGAAGAGUUUGUUACAGUGUAUGCAGGGCUUAAAUCAACAGCUGGGUGAAAAUUAUUGAGGAAAAAAUCAGGGGUUGCAUUAAACCCCUGUUCAUUGUAGCAAUGGCUGACUCUUGCAAACCCAAGGGUUUCUCUGUAAGAUUGGCUGUGAAGUAGUUCUGGAACAUAAACUCAGUAGUUCAGUAAUGCCUCUGCUAAUAAUCCUCUGUGGGAGUAAACAGGUAUUUGCAUUAAUUCUGCUUUCUUUCCCCUUCCUGCAAGGUAAAAAGGAUGCUAAUUCAAAAUCAUGCUCUUGAGUUCUAGAAGAGUUUUGCCUUAACUUUGAGUUGGAUUAACAUAAAAGGUUAUAAAAUUAUGAUCACAGGUAUGUGUGCAUUACAUGAAUCCCAGUUAUGGCCCACUUCCAGAGAUUUGUAUGAUAUUUGAGGCACCAAAGAAUUUUUUUUUUUUGCAGUUGCAAAAUACCUACUUUAAAUGCAUCAUUCAUUAUAUAUACAUAUAUACACACUAUAUAUAUAUUUACAUGUAUAAAUACAUUAAAAGUUUUAAACAUGAAGUUAACAGGGUCCUUAUCAGACAAAUGCACUUUCACAUUUUUUACUUUCAAGAUACCAACUAACUUUUAAGGACCCGGGUACUGUGCUGAAUGUUCCCAGUCUCUCCCUUCUUUGCUUGACAUGGCUUAAAUAUAUUUGGGGGGGAAAAAGAUAAUUUUCAAGUAUUACAGUUCUGAAAAUCUAAAAAGUGAGUCAACAAAAAAUACAACAAAGAUGUUUGUGUCAAAUCUUUUUAAUGUAUCUUUUUUCUUUGGUGCUUUUUUGCCUUUUCCCUUGAGCUCCUUAUGUCUGAAGAUGCUUUAAAAACAUGAUUGAGAUUUGUAUUAUCUUUGGUUUAAGUCUGUAGAUAAACACAUCUGUGUACAUACAUAAACUGUGACCAUAAUUUUUUGUACCUUCAUUAAAGUCAUUUUUGUUCCAAGAUGGUUUUCUGGGACACCACCAUUUGUUUCUCUCAUGUAUUUAGUGUGUACACUAAGCCUGCAACUUCUAAGGCUGAAAACAGAUUACAGGUCUUGAAAGUUGGAGGUUUUUCAGUUGAUUUUUUUUUCCCCAGGCAUUAAGCAUUGUGUGAUAUAAUUGGAAAUCCUUGAAGAUGUAGCACUUUGAUUCAAUAAAUCCUGAAGUACAUGUGUAAUGUAAACCUCCAGCUACCCUAAAGCUGUCUGAAGUUAUCCAUGAUCUUAGGAGCCUUGUUGGAUCAAAGUUAGUGCAAUUCAGUGCUCAUAACUGUAUUUAAUAACAUUCCUCCAGUUGGAUUUGGACUUUGCUUUUAAGAGUGUCUCCUCUAACCCCAUUAUGUUUUACUGUAAAGGUCAUGUAAUUUCUAAUUCCAAAAAGCUGCCACUUGGUAUAGGCACCUUUUCACAAAAAAAAAGGAAUACUGAAAGUAGGUUGCAAGUGGUCAUAUCUGUGGGACAAGGUCACUGGUACUUUGGUUAUUUAGCCAUAUUCAUAAAAAUUAUAUGAAUUGUAUAGUUUGGAUAAUUUAUAACAUUAAACUUUGUGAUUUUACUAUCACAUGGAAGGUUCAGCUGUACUCAUUUCUUUUAUUGUUUAACACCAGUGCUAUGGACAAAAGACCCAACAGGGGUGGUAGUGUUACUAUUUUCUUAAUUUAUUUGGUACUGUAUAACACCUUUCUGAUUAAAUGCAGUGUAUGCAUUUUGGGACUCUUAAUUUGUAAAAGCUGUUACAGGUUCAGCAAGAAAGGAAAUUUGUGCUUCCUUGUUGAAUGUUAAAUUAUUUUACUUUGCAUUUUAUAUAAGAGUACAAAUUAAAACUGAGCCAUCAAACUGCAAUAAAUCUACAGUAGUGUUUCAUUUUAAAGACCUUUUGUACUGUACAUAGAUUUGUUCAAUAAAACAUUGUCUUUGUUGUUGAUAGAAA